AUGGCGAUUGAGGAAGAACUGACGGGAAGAACUGCUGAUCGAGUUCAAGGAGAUCUUGUCAAUGGAAGCUCUAUGGUAAUUGAUCACAAUCACCCCCUAUAUUUGAGUUCUUCUGAUGUUCCUGGAGCUCUUUCUGUUGGAAUUCAGCUAACAGGAAUGGAGAAUUACACCUUGUGGAGUCGAGCUAUGGAAAUUGCAUUGUUUGGACAAAAUAAAGUGGGAUUUAUUAAUGGUUCUGUUUUGCGUACUGAUUUCGAUGGUGCUUUGAAGAAGAUUUGGGAUCGUUGUAACACAAUUGUAAUCUCUUGGCUCACCUGUAAUGUGAGCAAGGAUCUACUCAGUGGAAUUUUAUACUCUUCCAGUGCAAAUCGGGUAUGGCUCGAUCUCAAGGAAAGAUUUGAUAAGGUUAAUGGAUAUAGACUCUAUCAACUGCACAGAAUCAUUUUCACUCUCACAAAGGGGACUAGUGCGAAUCGGGUAUGGCUCGAUCUCAAGGAAAGAUUUGAUAAGGCUUAUGCCUUAAUUAUACAGGAUGAAAGUCAAAAAGGAAUUGUUGGAUCUGUACAUAAAGGAAUGGAAUCUUUAGCACUGUAUACUGCUAGAAAUAUUAGGUCACCACAGCCUAAUUCUAGGGAGGAUGAUUGCUUCCAACUCAUUGGCUAUCCAGAAAAUUUCAAAGGUAAGAAGAAGGUAAAUGCAGUAAUGGGAGAUAGUGCUAUGCAGAAACCAAUGCCAUUUAUGCAGGAUCAACUGUCAUGGAAGGCCCACACAGUUGUGGGAGAGAAGUCACAUCCUGAUCUAUCUCAGAUGGAAGAUCAUAUGGGAGAACAGCUCACACACUACCAAUUGUUGCAAAUGCUGAACAAAUCCUCACCAGCACAACUUAACCAGAUACUCAAUGUCCUGCAAGGCAACAACAAUACCAUGAAUACUCAGAAAAGUGCACACAUGGCAGCCUUUGAGUUUAAUCUUUUGUCUGUUAAUAAACUGACAAAAGAAUUGAACUGCUAUGUUUCCUUUUUUCCUACACACUGUGUGUUUCAGGAUCUCUUGUCUGGGAAGGUCAAGGGGAUUGGUGAAGUUGAGGAUGGAUUGUAUGUGCUGAAUUGGAACACCAAGCAACAUCAAAACAGAAUUAAAUCAUUGUCUGCAGUGGGAUCAGGAGAAAGAGAUCCAGAACUAUGGCACAAGAGACUAGGACAUAUGGAAAUGGACUUUUUUAUUGCUUUGAAGUCUGAUGUAAAUGUUGUUUUGAGACAGUUUUUGAUAAUGAUAAUGACUCAGUUUGGGAAAAGUGUUAAAGUUUUCAGAAGUGCAAUGUCUGCUAAUGUUUCUGAAUGUACAGAUUCUUUAUUAUGCAUUGAUGAUGAGCACAAUGUUCUUGAUCAACAUGUGAAUACUGCAGAUGUUGGAGUUUUUCCAGCAGCUCCAGUAUCCCCUCAUGUUCCCAUCAUUGUUUCUGAUAAUAAUCUCAUCCUACAGGAUGCCACCAGGAGGUCUAACAGAUCUGCUAAGCCUUCACUCUGGCAUACUGAUUAUAUGUUGACACAGAAGAAAACAGUUGUCUCUUAUUUCAUAUCUGAUGAAGCAAUGCAUGAUCCUAGGUGGGUUGCAGCUAUGCAGAGUGAGACCCAAGCACUAAAAGAUAACCAUACAUGGAGGAUUGUUCAGUUGCCUAAAGACAAGAAGGCAAUAGGAUGCAAGUGGAUAUACAAAAUCAAAUACAAAGUUGAUGAUGAGGUUGAUAGGUUCAAGGCUAGGUUGGUAGCCAAGGGUUACAACCAGAAAGAAGGUCUGGACUAUCAGGAAACAUUCUCUCAUGUUGUGAGAAUGGGCACUAUCAGGGCAAUCAUAGCUUUAGCUGCUACACACAACUGGCCAAUACAACAGAUGGAUAUAUUCAAUGCCUUUUUUCAAGGUGAUUUAUAUGAAGAAGUGUACAUGACUUUGCCACUGGGAUUUGUCCAUAAAAGAAAUGAUCACAAAUUAAUAUUGCAGACAAAAGGAAUCCUCAAGGACAAUUUCGAGAUCAAAGACUUAGGUGAUUUGAGGUACUUUCUAGGGAUUGAGUUUGCCAAGAAUGACACUGGAAUCCUUAUGCAUCAAAGGAAGUACUGUCUUGAACUAAUUUCAGACAUGGGGUUAUCUAGCUCAAGGCCUGUUGGAGCUCCUAUUGAGAUAAACCACAAACUCACAAUUGUAGAGUUUGAUAUGCAAUUCCCUUCUGAAAAUGAAAAUGACAAGCUGCUAGAUGAUCCUAGAGUGUAUCAAAAACUAGUAGGGAAAUUAUUUUACUUAACAAUGACAAAACCAGACACUGUUUUUGCAGUACAGUUGCUAAGCCAAUUCAUGCACAGUCCAAAGACAUCUCACAUGAAGGCAGCAAUAAGAGUAGUUAGAUAUGUUAAGCAAUCACUAGGUCUAGGCAUACUCAUGUCAUCCAAUGCUACUGAUCAGUUGACUACAUAUUGUGAUGCAGACUGGGCUGCAUGCCCAAACAAUCGAAGAUCUAUCACAGGGUACAUGGUUACUUAUGGGGAUUCCUUGAUCUCAUGGGAAUAA